UGAGAGGACCUGUCUGAGUGGACCCGGCCUUCUACUCACCUGACAUGGAGCCCAAGCGGAUCAGGGAGGGCUACCUUGUGAAAAGGGGGAGUGUGUUCAAUACCUGGAAACCCAUGUGGGUUGUAUUGUUAGAAGAUGGAAUUGAAUUUUAUAAGAAGAAAAGUGACAACAGCCCCAAAGGAAUGAUUCCCCUGAAAGGAAGCACUCUGACUAGCCCUUGUCAGGACUUCGGCAAAAGGAUGUUCGUGUUUAAGAUCACUACGACCAAACAGCAGGACCACUUCUUCCAGGCAGCCUUCCUGGAAGAGAGAGAUGGCUGGGUUCGGGACAUCAAGAAGGCCAUUAAGUGCAUUGAAGGAGGCCAGAAGUUUGCGAGGAAGUCCACCAGGAGAUCUAUUCGCCUGCCAGAAACCAUUGACUUAGGUGCUCUGUAUUUGUCCAUGAAAGACUCGGACAAAGGAAUAAAAGAACUGAACCUAGAGAAGGACAAGAAGAUUUUUAAUCACUGCUUCACUGGCAGCUGUGUCAUCGACUGGCUGGUUUCCAACAAGUCUGUUCGGAAUCGCCAGGAAGGCCUCAUGAUCGCCUCCUCACUGCUCAACGAGGGGUACCUGCAGCCCGCUGGAGACCUGUCCAAGAACGCGGUGGAUGGGACGGCUGAAAACCCUUUCCUGGACAACCCCGAUGCCUUCUACUACUUUCCAGACAGUGGGUUCUUCUGUGAAGAGAAUUCCAGUGAUGAUGAUGUAAUUCUGAAAGAAGAAUUCAGAGGGGUCAUUAUCAAGCAGGGAUGUUUACUGAAGCAGGGGCACAGGAGGAAAAACUGGAAAGUGAGGAAGUUCAUUCUCAGAGAGGACCCUGCAUAUCUGCACUACUAUGACCCUGCUGGGGGGGAAGAUCCCCUGGGAGCAAUUCAUUUGCGAGGCUGUGUGGUGACUUCAGUGGAGAGCAACCCAGAUGCCAGGAAGACUGAAGAAGAGAACCUCUUUGAGAUCAUCACGGCCGAUGAAGUUCAUUAUUUCCUGCAAGCGGCCACCCCCAAAGAGCGCACCGAGUGGAUCAAAGCCAUCCAGGUGGCCUCCCGGACUGGGAAGUGAGGACACACCUGC